ACGUACCCAUUAUCCUCCUCGAUCACCGGCUCACCCUAAAUGCGGGCAGUGCUAGAAUUAGUUCGCCAUUUUCACGAGAGAGAUUAAUUAAUAUGGCUUGCACUCUCCUCAAGCUCACGACCAUUCUCUCCCUAAUCAUGCCUCUGAUAAUAACAUUCCUAGCUCUGCACUCUCAGUUAGCUUUCUCAAACAAUAUCGAAGAAGACGAUGAAGAUCAGUACGUACUCGACUCUCCAUUAAUGGCCAAUAUUAAUCUCAGAUCAUCGAGAAGCAGGUUCUUGGCCAGCGUGAUAAAGAAAGGUGCUCGGUGUCAUCCCAUCACAAACAAUGUGUGCAAUGGAAUACCAGCAAACAACGGGACCAGCCUGCUCUACUGCUGCAAGAAGCAUUGCCGGAACAUUCUUGGCGAUCGGAACAACUGCGGACGAUGUGGGAGAAAGUGCAAACAAGGACAGCGUUGCUGCAAUAGGAUCUGUACCGAUAUUACUAGCAAUGAGAAUCAUUGUGGCAAAUGCCAUAAGAAGUGUGCGAAAGGGGUAAACUGCGAGCUGGGAUUUUGUGGGUAUGCUUGAAUUUGUUCAAAAGGUAUUCAUGUACGUCUACAAGUUUCGAGACUGAAACGUCUGAUCAUCAUGCAGCUGAAUGGAUCAUAUACAUUGGACGUUCUAAUUACCAUUUUCAAGCUGUUACCAAUAUGUUAUAUUUAUUCCAAUGUUUAAUCAAGUAAUAACGGCCAACUCUCUCAUGUUGGCGUACGUCUUUUAAAAUUUGAUUUGCUUUGAAUUACCAAGCUGUUUCAAUUCAGGGAUAAAGAUGUCUGUUAAGUUAUUA